UCUUUUGCUCUUUUCUUUCUUUCUUCUCAAGCUUGAAUUCUCUAUAAUAUAAUUAAGCUGAGCGCAAUAGUUUUGUAUAGAAAUGGCUGCAACUGCAUUGCAAAUGCAGACGCAGUUCAUGAAUCUGAAAUGCUGAACGGUUCUUUAGAAAGUGCUCCCGCCAAAGUUUGGUCUAGCAGUUGCAAACAAGUUCUGAUUUGUUCUUCUAGAAGCUAGAGAUCAAACCUCGAUCUUGUGGUGAAGAGGAAACGUUUGCUGUUGAAGUCGUGGACCCGAAAAGUUGAAAGGCAGCAACAUGGUCUUGUCUCUCAAGUCUACGACUUAUUUUUCUUUGGCGAAUUCAAUCUGCUUAAAGCUUUUUCUUCGAGCACCAUUUUCGUUUUCUUGAAGGUAGAGAGUCAGUUGGCCUACUUAAACGAAGCUCCAAGAAGAAACCCUGAAAUUCAUGGCUAAAUGUUCCAACAGAGUGAAUUGCAUAGAGAUUUUCGUCACGAUCUUACUAACUUGAUUUUCUAGUGAUUGUUAAUUAGAUUCCCAAUAUUUUAAAUUCGUUUGAGUCUUGGGAAUCUUUAGUGAGGGGUUAUCGAGAGAGAGAGAGAGAGAGAGGGGGGGGGGAUGGACCACUUGCUGCUUUCUACAGUCGGACCACCCGUAAAAUAGCGAGCUGGUUUGCGAAGGAAACAGGGGGGAAGAGGUUCUUACAAAGGCAGUUAAAGAGCUGAAGCUCAGAAACUUUAGAGGGUUAUUGAGGAUUAACCCUGGGAAGUUAGUAGGGGUGUUAGAGCUUUGAUCAGCGAAAAGAUGGAUUCUCACUUGCAGCGAACUCUCAGAAAUCUUUGUUUCAAGACAGAAUGGAAAUACGCCAUCUUUUGGAAGCUUAUACCUGGAGUUCGCACGAUGUUGAUUUUGGAGGGUGCUUAUUAUGAUCACAACGAGCUACCUGAUCCUUCAGAGAAUAUGUGCUCUAGAGAUACUCUUAUGAGCAUGAAUGAUGGAUACCACCUGCAAGACCUGAUUGAAUUAGCCCUGGCAAAGAUGUCACAUCUUGUAUAUUCUCUAGGAGAAGGGAUUAUAGGUCAAGUGGCACUUACUGGAAAGCAUCACUGGAUAUUUUCAGAUAUUUAUGCAUCUAGUUCUUGGCUAUCCUCUGAGUACUGUGAUGGGUGGCAAAUUCAAUUUGCAGCUGGCAUUAGGACCAUUGCUGCUGUAGCUGUUGUUCCACAUGGAGUGAUACAACUUGGAUCUUUAAAUAUAGUCAAUGAGGACUUGAAGUUAGUAAACCAUAUCAAGGAUGUAUUUUCUUCACUUCAAAAUUUCUCUAUGGAAUUUGUGUCCAAUCAAAUGCAAAAUAUAAAGAUGAUCACCUUAUGUCCAUCAGAGGUAUCAGCAAAAAGUUCAGAUUUAGGUAUCGUAAAUCAGUGGCUAGACAGAGUAGAUAAAGACAAGAGCAACAGAAGCCCAGAUUUUCAGUCUAACCAUUUGCCAUCUAUUGGAAGGCAUAAUAACUUCCAUCAUGUUGUUGUUCCACUGCCUGAUCUUAAUGGGAACAAGGAAGUUAACACAGUUGAACACAUAGAGGUUGAAUCUCCCACAUUGAGCAGUGAUGAGAGAGCUCAGUUUCUUUAUGCAAGGUCUAGAAUCUUUAGUUUGGAGAACCAAAAAGAGAUACAUAUGCAACUGCUCGAGUGCAAAAAGUGCAGAGAGGGAACUAAUUGCUGGAAGGAUUUUGUUUGCCAAAUAGAAAAAGAUGCACCAGAGUUGCAGAAUUUACUCAAAGAGAAUGCAAUAAUAAAUACUAUGAAUCCCUUAACCAAGUAUGGAGAAGAUUGCCCCUUCUUGCAUCCAAAUCUCUUUAACCCUGCAUCAUCAUAUACAGAAAUGUGCAUCGGAGUCUAUCUUCAGAAUGAGGGGCUUCACUUUCCUGGACCAUCAGAAGGCUUGGAGCAGAACACGGACUUCAGAGCUGAGAUCAAUUGCAUGGACACUGACAACAAUUCACUUAGGCUCUCUACUGUCUGUGAGCUGGAUGAAGCCCUUGGACCGGCUUUUAGGAGAGAGCAAUGGUGUUCUCCUCGGAAUGAGGUUGAGGGGGAAGAAACUGGAAUACCCGUUCAGUUCCAGGAGGGUAUGGGCAAUAGCCAGUUUAUACUAGAGAAUGGAUCAGAGAAUCUUCUAGAAGCAGUUGUAGCAAAUGCUUGGCAAGGUACUGACAUUGUUAAGAUUGAGUUCUGUAAGUCAGAAGAUUCACUAGGACCAACAGAAAAAAUAACAGAGUUGUGUUCCCAUAUUGAGAAUACUCAUAAUUCAGGUGGACUAGCUGAAUCCUCUCACGAGAAGGAUUCACUUUGCAGCUUGGCAUGUACACGGAAUUCAACAGAAUCAACUGUUGUAACGACUCAAAGGGAAUUAUCAUUAACAAAAUUCAGUAAAUGCAGCCAGAAAAUGGAGAGGAGUGUAGAACAACCAAAAGUCAAUAAAAAUAAGGCUAUACAUGGUCAAAUUUGUAGGCCUAGGCCAAGGGACAGACAACUGAUCCAGGAUCGUGUUAAGGAGCUGAGAGAGCUUGUGCCUAAUGGGCCCAAGUGCAGUAUUGAUACACUGCUGGAGCGUACAAUCAAGCACAUUCUCUUUCUUCAGAGUGUCACUAAACAUGCUGACAAGCUAAGGAAAUGUGCUCAGUCAAAGUUGCAGUGCAAGAGAAUGGAUCUACUAGGAUCCUAUAAUCAUGAGUACAAUUCAAGUUGCAAUCUAGAAGUAGGAAUCCAGAUAAAAACUUGUCCAAUAAUAGUGGAGAAUCUUAACAUGAAUGGACAAAUGCUUAUUGAGAUUUUGUGUGAGGAAAACAACCAUUUUCUUGAGAUAGCUGCGGCUAUUAGAAGCUUGGGUCUAACAAUAUUGAAAGGUUUAAUGGAAGCUCAUGAUGAAAAGACGAGUGCAUGCUUUGUUGUUGAGAACCAUUGCAGGGACAGAGUAAUAGAGGAAUGCAUAGGAUGGAUAUCUUGUGGUCACUCAUGCAGUUGUUGCAACUGAAAACAAUCAUUUGAUGCUACAGAGUUAGCCAACCUGAGGUGAUGGUGGAAGUGGAGUUUGUAACUACUGUGAGGCAACCUUGUUGGCGCACAACUACUGAAGAACAAGAUGGAAUGGUGGAACAGGAUUCAUGUAGCCAACACGAUAUAGUUGGAACAUGACUUAGAUAAUGAUCAUAAUGAUGAUAAUAACCCUUACUGGUGCACAAUUCACAUUUCUAGAAAAUUAGCAUGUUUGAUGAUGUACCCAGGUGAGCUAGCUUUGAUGGAGUGAAAAGUAUAUCAUUUUUGUAGGGCAAUCAAUGUAGUGCCUAGAUAUAGAUCUUGAAUUUGAUAAGCAUUUUAGGGGAAUUGUAGCAAAAUCAUGCGUAGGAUGGAUAUCUUAUGAUCUCUUAUGUUGUUGCAACCAUCCAAUGCUCAUUUAGGAAAUAAUCUGAGGUGAUGGAGGUUGAAGUUCAGUUGUAUAUACUGCAAGGCACCUUAAUAGGUGCACAAUUGACAUUUCCAUAGCAUUUA